ACACAUACAAAUUUAUAGUUCUAGGACCAUAUAAUAUAUCACUGCAAUAUCUAUUAAAGAAUUUGCAAUUCAUUUUUUGUUUAUCGUAGUUUUACUUUUGCUCAUUUAGAGAAAAGCCAAAAAAAAGCUUUGAUAAUGGAUGAGAAAGUGAAAGAGCGUACAUUGGAGGAAACAUCAACAUGGGCAGUUGCUGUGGUCUGCUUUGUGAUACUUGUUAUAUCCAUCUUCAUUGAACAUCUAAUUCACCUUGUUGGGGAGUGGUUAACAAAAAAAAAGAAGAAAGCUCUUUAUGAAGCACUUGAAAAGAUCAAAGCAGAGCUUAUGCUGUUGGGAUUCAUCUCCUUGCUCCUAACAGUGGGACAAGAUCUGAUUUCUGGUAUAUGUAUAUCAAAGAGUGUUGCUACCACUUGGCUUCCCUGCGAUAAGAGUGGCGAAGAGACUAGUAGUGAUGUCAAGAAAGGCCGAAAACUUAAUGAGUUUUUAGGCUCUGGUUUCGGUGCUCGGAGAAGCUUGGCUACCAAAGGAUAUGAUAAAUGUGCUGAAAAUGGACAAGUGGCCUUUGUGACUGCCUAUGCGAUUCACCAGCUCCAUAUUUUCAUCUUUGUGUUAGCAGUUUUUCAUGUUCUCUACUGCAUUGCUACGUUGGCUUUGGGAAGAACUAAGAUGAAAAGAUGGAAGGGUUGGGAGGAAGAAACAAAGACAUUAGAAUACAAAUACCAGAAUGACCCAGAGAGGUUUAGGUUUGCAAGGGAUACAUCUUUUGGUCGCAGGCAUUUGCACGCUUGGAGCAAGUCAACUGUUUCCCUUUGGAUUGUAUGUUUCUUCAGACAAUUCUUUGGUUCAGUCACUAAGACUGAUUACCUGACGCUGAGACAUGGAUUUAUCAUGGCACAUUUGGCUCCAGAAAAUGAAGGCAGAUUUGAUUUUCGUAAAUACAUUAGCAGAUCACUUGAAGAGGAAUUCAAAGUUGUUGUUACAAUUAGUCCAAUCAUAUGGUUCUCUGCAGUGUUGUUCCUGCUGUCUAACACAUAUGGAAUCUACUCUUAUCUAUGGCUGCCAUUUAUCCCUUUAAUUAUAAUCUUAUUGGUGGGAGCUAAACUACAAGUGAUCAUAACAAAGAUGGGAGUCAGGAUUCUGGAAACAGGGGAUGUGGUGAAGGGUGAACCUUUGGUUAAGCCAGGUGAUGACCUCUUCUGGUUCGGAAGCCCUCGUUUCAUGCUCUUUCUCAUUCACUUUGUUCUUUUUCAGAAUGCAUUUCAACUAGCCUUCUUUGCAUGGAGUACUUAUGCAUCUAAAAGCAUAUUUUCAUGCUUCCACAAGCGAACUGAAGAUAUUGUAAUCAGAAUCUCAAUGGGGGUCAUCAUUCAAAUUUUAUGCAGUUAUGUGACUUUGCCCCUCUAUGCUCUAGUAACCCAGAUGGGAACCAACAUGAAACCAACCAUUUUCAAUGAAAAAAUAGCAGCGGCACUGAAAAACUGGAAAAAAACAGCAAAAAAGAAUUACAAGGAAAGCAACAGAGUUUCAGAAGCAAACACACCAUUCUCAAGUAGGCCUGCAACUCCAACCCAUGGCAUGUCCCCUGUUCAUCUGUUGCACAAUUAUCGAAGCAGCACCGCGGAUAGCUUGAAUGCAUCACCAAGAAACUCAAACUUGGAGAACUAUAAUUACUUGAAGAAUGAAGAUCAAACACUAUCCCCGAGCAACCGUGGAAACAAUGGCAGUGACGAUGAAGGGAUGCAGUUCCAUGAACCAACCUCAGCACCACAGCCUGCUAGUAAUCAUGCCAGCCAAGAAAUUAGCAUUAGUAUGUCUGAAUUUUCGUUUGGAAAGUAGGAAAAAAAAAUAAUAAUAAUAAAAAGAAGUUGGAGCAAGUGUUGCUAGCUACCUUAUAUUUUUUCUUUUAUUUUAUUUUUUGGUGUAUAUUCUUUUGUACAUCAUACAUGGUUGAGACACAUAUACAUAUGUACAUAUAUGUAAGCAACAAUGGUGAGCAGGAUUUCAAAUGAUUUUUUUUCUAGUACAUAUUUGAUAUAUUGUGAUCUACAUUUUUAAUAA